AAGACCCCAGUUUGCGUUAUUGGGAGCACCUCAACCUCAAUAUUUUAGAUUAACGCCAUCUUAGGAUGUUAAAAAAAGACUUAGAUUAACUAUAUUCCUCCACUUUUAAUAUGUGUUUGUUUUUUGUGGUCUCCAAACGAAUGGGAUUAUCCUUGAGAAACAUAUAAAAACUCGGAUGGGAAAUGCCACUGCCAAAACGCUUGGUAGAGCCGGUGCAUGUUGCACGCGGUACCAUCCCGGAGGACUUUCCUCUGCCCUCGGAGCUUGAGGCUGCCACAAACGGCACUCUAGCCAACGCAGUACGCCAGCUGAGUAGCCUCAGUAAACAUGCCGAGGACCUGUUUGGAGAAUUGGCUCGAGACGCACAAGUGUUGGCGUGUCGUGCUAACUCUCUCCAAGCGAGAAUCGACAGACUUGCCAUCAAAGUAACACAACUAGAUAGCAAUGUGGAGGAAGUGUCGUUGCAAGACAUACACAUGCGCAAAGCGUUCAAGAGCAGCGUAGUGUUUGACCAGCAGGUGGUGUCGAGAGAUACAAUGCCAACAGCCAUGCUGGAUACAUACAGACACUGUGAUAAGCCGCCUCCGCUAGACAAACUCAACUCAUAUAGGGACGAUGGAAAAGAUGGGUUGAAGUUCUACACGGAUCCAGGCUACUUCUUCGACUUGUGGCGACAAGAAAUGCUUAAAGACACAGAAAGAAUGAUGCACGACAAAGGGAAGAGGCCCCAUCGGCCGAGAAAUGAAGGCGGCGGCGGACGACACAAGAAGCGAGUGCGACAACCUCACAACACGAGGGAGCGACAGAGACAGAUCGUGGUUGGUCAAGGAGAGUACAUCAUGCCACAGCCUCAACCAUCGCACUACCGCACACCUCAGGUACAACAGCAGAACUACCAUCAGAUGAUGCCAGACGAGGCUCUGAUGAUGAUGGGAGACGGCCGACCACCGAGGCCCAAUAGUAUAGAGUUACGACGCAGCUAUCCCCAGGAACAGGUGGACUCUGUGUACAGUCCCCAUCCUCACCCUGGCGCACACAACCCUCCGGAUAUAUACAGGGAGAACUAUAUAAUGGGCAACGAAGAGAAUGUUUGUGGACAGUACACCGGGGGCAUCAGCAGUCACUACGCCCCAGGAUCUAUCCAGGAGUACACAAGUCCCACGGGAACUCCCAGUAGAGGGUCCAGAGCGACCUCACAACGGCCGUCUGUGCCACCUCCUGCUCCUCCCAGCAAUACUAACUCACAGACCAGCACACCCACAAUUUCGUCAACGACCAACACCCCGACUCGUGGCAGGAGUAUGAGCACUGGACGAGAGACGCUUCCACCGCCGCCGCCUCCACCGGUGGACACCCCCACCACUAGUCCUCCCAUCCAGACAACCUCCCCACGAACCUCCCUUACUCCGGAGCCACUCCCACCUCCCCCACCAUUGCCAGACUUGCCACCGCCACCUUGUAACAUUCCUCCCCCUCCACCCCCACCGCCACCCAUGCCAGUCCCCAACGGACCCACCUCACCUUCACCCUUGAUCAACGGGGACAUCGGCAAGUCUCCUGUCAAACAGAUAAUCUCGAUGUCGCCUCCCAGCAAGGUGUCCACCUCUCCGCCCAAGCCGGUCGGAGACGUCAACAUGAACUCUACGGCCAUCAGACCCAAGGGUGUGACAGCUCCUCCUCAGUACGACCCUCGCUGCGACCUGCUCAAGGCUAUCCGCGAUGGCAUAAAACUGCGCAAAGUAGAGAAAAACGAGCAGAAGGAAGGUGAACGCACAAAUGCCCUGCACGACGUGGCGUCCAUCUUGGCGCGACGAGUGGCCGUGGAGUUUUCUGACUCAGACUCGGCUAGUGAAAGUGAAUAUGAUAGUGAGGGGUGGGGAGAACAGGAGACGAGCGCCUAGAAGUCGCUUAAGGUGCGACGUUAAAAUCGCACCAUCCAUACUUCUCAUCCUUUAUUCCUCAAUGUUUGUCCCUUGGAGGGAUUACAGUAGUUGUAACACACACGACAGUCUACAACUGCUACGCAUUAUGCUGAGAACCAAUCAACUUAGAGGGUGUACUACGAUUCAUUUGAAAUUAUCAAAUGCUCUCCUAAACUAGGCAAUUGAACAUUAAAACUAUAUAAAGAAUGUAGGAAAUCUGCAAAUCACCCAAUGUCAAGAGUAUUUUUAGAUUUUGUUCUAUCUGCUAAUUAUUUUCCAUGUUACCGACUCGUAAAAGGGAAUUUAGUGUGUAUUGCGGGCUUAAAUUAGCCUUCAUCUUAUCAUGAAGUUUAAUGUACGAGAAUCCUACAUUGGAAUCGGCAUUUGUCAGAAAUGUCAUACAGUAACUAAGAACCAAUUGAAAUGCAAAAGAUUUUCCUGUAAGGUUUUUGAAACUCCUGCAAUUUAAAAUUAUUUGGCUUUACAUAUUAACUUUUAAAGUUGUAUUUGACUAGGAAGGAAUCAACUACGCACUCCCAGUUUGUUACUGUUGUACGAAUCUAAUGUAAACACAUUCUGUGCAAUAUCACAACUGUUUCGAUAGAUUCUUAGUAACAUCAUUCUUCAAAGUCUUAAAGUUUUAGUGAGGCUGUUGUCUGAUAAUUUGCUGUUUUACAUUUUGAAAAUUGUGUUUGCUAAUGUCUUUUGAGUUGCACCUUAUUUGUUCCCUUUUUGUCUUUUUCUGUGCAUUGCACCCUCUUAGACGUUGGGCUUGGUUUUAUUGAAGAUUUAAAAAAAUCAAUAAAACAAGAUCAAAGUUUGUUGGUACCAUAUAAUUGCUUAAAGAAAUUAUAUUUUUCUUAUCAUGAAAACGUUUUAAAAAUAUUUUCUAAAAUAAAUGGUGAUUGAAAUAGUUUUGAAGGAAUAAAAUUGGUCUGUUUCACAUUCUAAUUAUGGUGCUUUUAUGGUAUGUUAAAAUUUGUUCAUUUGAGUUAUGUUUUACUCUAAGGUUUGUUACAAUAAUUUAAUUUAAUCGUUAUUUUAAAAUAUUCAAUGUUUGCUGUACGCACAAGUCUUAAGUUUUGUUAUGAUGAUGAAGUUUCACUAAUAAUCUAGGUAUUUAAAUGUUGGGCCACAAUUUCGGUGAAGUUGGUAAAGUCAAUUAUGUAAGGGUUCUUAAAAGAUAUAGGAAAAAGAUUAUUAUUUGAGCAAAAAAUUCCUAUUAAAUCAAAUGAACUGACUCUUUUUGAACAUAAAUUAAAUUUGGAUAACUAUUGUAAAAGAUUUGAGUUUGGUACUGAAUAUAAGAGAUUUUAUUUAUACAUAACAUAUUGAAUAAAUAUUUGUUGUCGUAUUAUGACGAUCUAAAUUUAUCCAUUUGAAUAUUAUUUAAUUUGUAAAUUAUAUUUAAAACAAUCUCCCACCAUUAUAUUGAGAAGUUCAAAUACACUAACAAAAUUAUUUAAAGUUCUUUUGUAGGUAAGAUCUGAAAGUUUUUGUGUCGCGAUAUGUCAUAAUUUAAAAUAAGAAUUUAAGAUAAGAUAAAAAUAUUUAGAAUUAAGGUAUUUGUGUACAGUAAAAAUUCAAUUUAUUUAUUUACGGUUGUUGAAAAUAUUUUACAAUGUGAGUUUUAUUAGUAUUACAAAUCAGGUUUUACGCUGAAAAUCUUUUUGAGGCCGAAUCUUAUCCAUCGACAGUUUAGUCAUGUAGCGUCUAGUUGUUUUUUAGUGAAAUGCUCAAACUAUUUCUUAACAUUCCUCUUUAAGCAGUCCAUUUAAUCCCAUUUCUAAUAUUAAUUUCACAAUCUCUAUUAUACAUAGAUGUGUGGUUAACUUGGUAAUACGCCAGUACUUCUCAAAUUUCCUUUUCUGUUUUAAAGUAACACUGUACUAUUCUGCGCUAUUUCUAAUGGAGAUUAAUAUAUUAUAAUGUAUUAGGAUAUGUAGUAGUUAUACAUUACUUGACCGAUAUUUAAUAUAAAGCUUUACUACUGACCUUUUACUAUAGUUAUUUAUUCAUACAAUAUUUUGAAUAUAUUUCAUAUAAAAGGACAUUUGCGAUCGUUCACACCUUACGAUGCAACAUGUCCGCGGAGUUUUGCCACUCCCGAGUAAAUAUUAUCUGUGUAAGGUGUAGAUUAGAUAGUGUAAUAAAUAAUUAUAUGUAUAUAUUUAUUCUAGUAAAAAGAACAACAUAACAAGACAUAAUAUGAAAACUGACUAAGGUUGAAUGAAUAAAAACACUCACGGUUUCGGAGUCAAACGACAAUUGAUUGUUUUUAGUUACCAGUCAAAGUUAUGUUGUUCUUUAAAAAAUUAUUUGUAAAAAAUUAGCUUAGAAUAAAACAUCCUAAACACGUACCUUUCUUAUAACUCAUAGAUUUGUCUUAUGAAUGUCCGUUUAAUUAGAUAUCUGGGAAAGGUUAUUGUUUUUAUUUUAAUACAAUAUUCAAAGAGUUUUUAAGAGUGUUUGUUACUAAUAUAAUUCCAGUGUCAUUAAUAUGUGAUGUUUUAAACACUAUAGAAUUGUAAUAGGAAUUUUUACUCAAAAUUUUUAAACUUUCUUUUAAUUCAUCAGUAAAUUAUUUUUUUAAUUCUGAAGCACAGUAAAGCAUUGCAGUAAGUAUUGUAUUUGCAUUGUUUUAAAUCGUCAAUUAGUUAAUGGUAUAGUUUAAUAUAAUGUGAAAAUGUAAGCAGCAAUAGUUCUAGUUUUUACUAUCCAUUGUAAACAUAAUCUUCUAUCAUCCAUAAUCUUACUAUGUUAGUUGAGGAUUGUUUUGAAUAACUAUUAUGAAAGUUGGGAAUAUUUUCAAAGAACACUUAAUGUUCGCUUCUGGUAUUGUUAUUUUUCUAAUGGUUUUACUGUGUUUUAGUGCUUUAGUGCUGUUUAUAAUUGAAUAUCUCCCUCGAAAAAUGUUGUAAACGACAUAUUUUGUGACCUUGAGAUUUUGAAAGAACAACAUGCAAAUUACAUUCUCUUUGUGGGACAUUUGGUUUUGAAAAAUACGUAGGUUGGCAGCACUACAAACUGAAUGCGCGGGAAACUGGCAGUCGUGGCAUUGGUGCGACCAGAACAUUGAUAUUCACUUUUGUCACUUGCAAUGUUUUUUCUGAGGAAAUAUUCAAUUACAAUUAAUCAACCAUUGGUGUUUUCUAGAAAAUUACUCUUGAAUAUUACAUUUUUUCCAAUUCGACAAAAUACAAUCCAAACCACUCUUUGCUCCUCUGUAUAAAUCAAUAUAACCUUUGUACAUAGCUGAUAGAACUAUUUUACUAAAUAUCAAGUCUUGUUGUAGUCAUAGUUCUACCUGCAAUAAAUGACAUGGUUGCAGUUGUAUAUAGGUGUACAAUAUUUGUAGAAAAGAGUUUUGUAUCAAGUGUAACGCUUUCUAUAUACAAAAUGUGCUUGAUUUUACCAAAGCUACAGAUUAAUAUUGUUUGGAAAUUACCAUAUGUACAGAUAGCGCUACAGUCACAGUUGAAUCUCCGAGUCUAGUGGAUGUGUCGGGUUUGGUUUGGCAAAUGUGGUUUUUAAAUGUCUAUGGAAUCACACUUUCGCAUUCUGGUAUGUGUAAUCGUAUUUAUUUUCAACAAAACUGAGCUUUCAAAGCUAAAUUAUUUUUGGGGAUAUAGUACUCAUCCACUAUUACUUAUUAUAUCUUAUAAAUUUAUAAAGAAAUAAAUGUUGAUUAUGCAUAGAUAA